AUGAUACCUUCAGACAACGAGGAAUAAUUUUCUCCACAUAAACUUAAGAGUAUCCACUUUGAUCAAAAACCAAAAGAUUUAUCAAAAAAAUAUGCUGUCAUCGAUCAAUCAAAGAGGGUUUUAUUGUUGAAACGGAUUCUAUCAAGAGAGGCAACGAUCAAAGAAGCGGCUAAAGAGUUCGGUGUGAAUUUUAGUACAGCCAAAGCAAUUUUAUCAACAUAUAGAAAAGAAGGUCGAAUAGGAAAGAAGAAGACAAGGGAGAAACAAAAGAAAGAGAAAGAACAAAAAUAAUAUAGUCUUAGCAAUGAGCGAAAGGUUUAAUCCAUGUAUGAUUUAGAAAGAGAUGUAUCACAGAAAUAAAGAAGUUUUUCUCCUGAUUUAAAAUCAAUUGAUUAACAUAUAACAAACAGUCUACUACAUCAACAUUAGUUAUUGAUUUCAAAAACUACUCAAAAUAUCAUAUCUACUCAAAUUUUAGAAGAAAAGAAAGUAUCUAUUGCACUUGCUAAUUGUAAAAGGGAAUUAGAAAAAUAAAAAUUCCUUAAUUUGCAACUAGUCAUGAUGAUUUCCUCUCUUUAACAGAAGAUAUUGUAGUACUAAAUGCCCUUAAUCAAAGAAGAACUAAGUUGA